AGAAAAAACAUGGUAGUGGCGGCCUGUACCGCAUGUCGCAAGCAAAAGGCCAAGUGUUCCGGCGAAAGGCCGUCAUGCCGUCGUUGUAUUCAAAGGCGAAUUGAAUGCCAGUGGACAACAAAACCGGGAGAGACCAGCGCGCAGGCUCUUAAACGAGGCUACCAAGACAUACGAAACUACAAGUCACCUCAUGAGGAGCUAUUUGAGCUUAUAGGAACUUUAUCCGAUGGCGAGGCUCCACAUGUCUUUCGAAUAAUUAGAUCCGGGGCCGAUAUCACAACAAUUCUCAACCAUAUCAAAGUUGGGAAUGUGCUAGUACAAAUGGCUGUUGUUCCCGAAACUCGAUUACGAUAUGUGUUGCCAUACCGAUCAGAAAUGCCCGCAGCUUUCAUCAUAAACAAUCCUUACAUGGAGUCGAAGAUAUACGAAGCGGCAUCGCUUUACUCAAACCCGUCUCAGUUCACCGCUUUCAAUCAUGGCGACAGCCUGGACUCGGACGAGUAUCAAAAUCUCUAUGUCAAACCUUUUCACUCGGCAGAGAUGAUUGAUGCGCCAUUGGCCAAUGCAAAACCAUCGUUAUGGACGGCAGUUUGUAAGGAUGAUGUGCUCAUGCGAGACAUUCUCUCAGUCUGGUUCAGAUGCGAGCACCAUCUCACCUCGGCUGUUCAGAAAGAUUACUUCUUGGAAGACAUGGUCGCGAAACAAAAAGACUUUUGCUCGUCGCUGCUCGUCAAUAUUGUUUUGGCUUAUUCAUGUGUAUGUUAUCAAAAAUUCGCGGAUCGAGCAGAAUAUUGGAAUCCCAAAACACUCGGAUAUGCCUUUGCUGCCGAGGCAAAGCGUCUUUGGGAAUUGGAAUCGGCCAUUCCACGACUCACCACGAUACAAGCUAGUAUGAUUUUCAAUGUCUUUUACAACAUCUGCGGCCUGGACGAGAUUGGGAAGUCUUAUAGAAUACACGCAAUAGAGCUGGCUGAGGAGAUUCGGCUUUUUGACAGCCCUCUGGACGAACAGACUGAGGAUCCGCGGACAAUAAGAUUACAGAAGGGCAAGGAAUUUCUUGCAUGGUCGUUAUUUAAUUGGGAGACGCUUUCAAGCUUCUCCUUCAUGACGCCCCCGAGGCUCAAGAAGCCCCCGAUCUAUCCUUUACCAAAUCCGUCAGAAGAUGCACUCUGGUACGGAGAAGUGUGGUUGAAAUACCCACUAAGCCGUAGCCUGAUACCAUCGAAUUUUGGUCAAAUGUACAAAGCAAAAUCCCAAUUGCGGGUCAUCAUGAACGAAUAUUGCCAAACGGCCUACAUAGAAAAGCAAGAAUCUCAGAUGACCCUCGAUAUAGCCGAUGAGCUGCUCCGCAAGCUUAAGAACUGGUUUCGUGGCUUACCAGCAUCACUUUUACCCAAGACGAUUGCACUUCCUGGACAAUUGCAACUCCACAUGCAUUAUCACCAUCUAGUACUUGCCAUAUUCGAGCCAUUAUUGCAAAUUUCAACGGGACAAGAGCUUCGCAUACGUGAGCUCAUUGCCGAUGCUAAAAAAUAUCUCCAAACUCUGGUUCGCCUGUACUAUAUCCGCCACGGAUACGACUCCAUGGACCUAUUCAUCAUCAUACCACUGAUGCUCAUUGCCUCGGAUUGUGUCGAAGCUGUAAAUGAUCAAACGCCCACGGACCAGCUUGAACUACUGCGAUCCACGCUCAUUCUAGCUGCAACAGGCCUGUAUAACCAACGCCGGAACCACUACUUGGCUGAAGCAUUGUUUCGGGUCGUCUACGGACGAAUGAGACGCCCCGAAAUCGCCCUGUUAAAAGACUCAAUGAAAAUGGACGAGAGAGAAUGGGAUGAGAGGCAGGGGAUGGCACAAGCUGUACGAAGCCAUUGGCCGGUUAGUAUCGUCAGGAAGAAAGAGGAUCGAGACGCCAACGUUUUGGCGAAUCUUGUAAAAAAUUAUGCUCACUUGAAUGUGGAAAAGGGUUCUAAAGAGGGAGAGUGAAAAAUUUGAGUUGACGGAAGGAAUUAAAAGUGAAUUGGGCGUUUUACCUCAACUAUCGGUGGAAUAAGAAUGUGCAUUAUAGCGACUAUGAUUGUCAAGGAGCAAAUUAGUAUAGAUUGAGGUGGCAAGGGAAAAGGAGAUUAUAAGGCAUUCUUAACAUCAUUCAUUAAUUUAUUUAAUAUUUUGUCUAGCACUUUGACAAUCUGGG